AUGCUGACACAUACACUGCGAAUAAUCAACUCUGUAUUGCAAGGAUACAUCAAGCCUCCAGUGCUUGACAAAGCCACCAAGACAGUGACGAUUCCAUUUCGAUGCUCGCUUCUCGAUAUAGACCCGUAUAUGCACAUGAAUAAUUCCAAGUACCUCUUUUUGGCCGAAUUAGCACGCUGGAGAACCUUUCCUGCAACCGGAGUGGUACACAAAGCAAUGUCAAAAGAGGGGUUCUUCUUUAUAUUGGCAGCCACGCAAGUCGAAUACCAAAGGCAAAUCACUCCGUUUGAAAAGUUUGUUAUUUCCACCAGUGUCACGAUGGGAAGUGACGACAAAUGGUUGUACUACCAUCAUCACUUCCUUCAACAUCCCGAUGAUGUCAAGCCAGGCAACGAGCCUAUGACUUUUGCCAAAGUGAAAGCCAAGUCAGUUUUGAAACAAGCGAAUGGAAAGACGAUAAAGCCAUCUACACUCGUUGAAGAAUCGGAGCUCAUUCGAGACUGGAUCGUAGAAUCGGAGGAUGAUGGGAUGUGA